GCCAUCUCUCGCGGCCGCGACCAAGGCCAUCCGGGCUGGAAGAAUGCACAAUGCUUUUCAGACCAGUGCAUCCCCCCCACUGGGAUGCGCCGACUAUCACACUCCGAGUGGAGGGCCGCACUGAUCUCAAAAACAUCGUGCAUUUCUACAGCAUGCGCGUGACAAAGUCCUGCACACGGAGAGCCAGUCACACCCCUUAUUUGACAACAAAGUACAACGCGCUGGAAGAGAUGAUCUCAUACACAUAGCUAGAACAAGGCGAAUCGAUCUGAACCUGCUCCAGACUCGGCCGGGACCACCUGCUCAUUUAAGCUG